AUGUCAAAAAGUGAUAUAUCUGAGAGCCUUGACAAAAAUUUAGAAGAUAUUGAGAUUCAAGAAGUUCUUAAAAAUGGCACUGACCUUCGAGAAUAUGCUCUACAAAUUGAUAGAAGCAUCAAGGAAGCCGAAAAAGCGUCUGUCGCUGAUUACCUAAAGGAAAGUGAGAAUAUUGGGUCACUGCACAACCAGAUUGAGGAAUGUGAUGGUAUUCUUGAGAGAAUGGAAAAUAUGCUAUUAAUCUUUCAGAAUGAUUUGGGAAGUAUCAGUAAUGAAAUCAUCAGUUUGCAAAAGCGUUCUGUUAAUAUGUCUAUACAAUUAUCAAACAGACAAGCUUUGAAAGGUCCACUUUCUUCAUUUAUUGAGGAUAUUGCUGUAUCAGAGGCUCUAAUAUUUGGUAUAAAUAAUGUGCCUGUUAUUGACAAAGAAUUUAUGGUGCAGCUGGCUAUCUUAAACCAAAAACUUAACUUUGUGAAAGAGCAAGACUUUAAAGAAACAAAAGCUUGUCAUGAUGUUAAAGAUGUUUUGGAGAAAUUGAAAAUCAAGGCUAUUGCAAAGAUUAGGACUUAUAUUUUGGAACAGAUUUAUAAAUUUCGAAAGCCAAUGGCAAAUUAUCAAAUACCACAAAAUGCUAUGCUUAAAUAUAAGUUCUUUUUUGAGUUCGUAUUAGCAAACGAAAGAAAUGUAGCCCAGGAAAUAUGUAAUGAAUAUAUUGAUACAUUAAGUAAAGUUUAUUAUUCAUAUUUCAAAUCAUAUGCGUCAAGACUGGAUAAAUUAAAAUACGAAGAAGUACCUACUAAAGAUGACCUUAUGGGAAUUGAAGAUGGCUCUAAAGGAGGAUUUUUUCAAAAAUCCAAUUUGAAAAAUAAAAGUACUAUCUUCACAAUAGGUAACCGCGGAGAUGUAUUAGCUCAACAAUUAGAAGCACCGAUCAUUGUACCUCAUGUUCAACAGAAAACAAAGUAUUCCUAUGAAGCAUUAUUUCGUAGUCUUCAAUAUGCUUUGGUGGAUAAUAGCUGUAGGGAAUACUUAUUUACAACUGAAUUUUUCCAUGUCAAAAGCAGCCAUGCACAAGAACUUUUUGACAGAAUUCUUGGAAAAACCCUGUCUUUACUGGUGAAAAAUGUAGAGAAUUAUGUUGUGGAGUGUUUCGACUGUUUAGCUCUUUUCCUCUGCAUUCAACUCAUAAACAGAUAUAGGUGGAUGUGUCACAAAAGAGCAGUAGCAGCUCUUGAUAGCUAUUGGGAUUCAUUAUUAUCUACACUUUGGCCUCGCCUGGAACUUGUUUUGAAGUUAAACAUCCAAAGCGUCCGUGAAUGUGAUCCUGCAAAGUUGGCUAAUAAGGAAUUAGGACCGCAUUAUAUAACUCGUAGAUAUGCUGAGUUCUCCGCUGCAAUGCUUAGUUUGAGUGAACAAUUUCCAUCACAAGAGCUCAGCAAUCUUCUUCUUAUGCUGCAAGAUGAAGUUCACUGCUUUCUGCUUAAAAUGGCAGCAGAAUUUCCGCAGAGAAUACAACAAUUGAUUUUCCUUAUUAACAACUAUGACAUGGUGUUAAGCAUAUUGAUGGAAAGAACAAGAGAUAACACAAAGGAGGCGGAAAGUUUUCGAGAACAAUUGCAAGCUCGAAGUACUGAAUAUGUAGAGGAAAUAUUGAGCCCUCACUUUGGUGGUUUGAUGCAAUUUGUGAAAGAAGGUGAGCAAUUAUUGGAGAACGACAAGAAAAAUGAAUUAACUAAUUUAGAAAAGAAAUCUCUGACUCUAGUCACAUCAUUCUCAUCAAACUGGAAGCAAAGUUUGGAAGAAAUCCAUCGAGAGGUGCUUGUAUCAUUUCCUAAUCUGGUCACAGGUUCUGGUUUAUUGCAGAUGGCUUUGACUAAUUUCGUACAGUAUUAUCAUAAGUUUAAUAAACUUUUGACACCAAAUGCUAGAACUCAGCUGGUAAAUAUUCAUGUUAUCAUGGUAGAAAUUAAGAAAUAUAAGACAAACUUUUAA